CAGACCGUCGGGUAGGAAGGGGCGAGAGGCGACCGUUCACGUCUUUUCGACGUCGACGCAACCCUGUUGGCGCAGAAUAGCUGCUCAGUGCUCGUCGAACGGCGCUGUGUUGCGACGGGACCAUGCCGCCGCGCCCUGCACCACCGAUCCACCGAUCUCAGGAAUCAGGCUCGACAACAUGAACUCCAGCGGGGAAUCAGGCGGCACGAUGACCGAAGACUACGAGGUAACAGGCUGCGGUCCGCCGGAGGAGGAAACAGGUUCGAACUUGCCAGUUUGGGAAGCCGCAGCCGCCUCUCUGACACUGGGCUUCCUCGUUCUGGCGACGGUGUUGGGAAACGCGCUGGUGAUCCUCAGCGUGUUCACUUACAGACCGUUGAGAAUCGUUCAGAACUUCUUCAUCGUUUCUCUCGCGGUGGCGGACCUCGCCGUUGCGAUUCUGGUGAUGCCUUUCAACGUGGCGUACCUUCUUCUAGGAAAAUGGAUCUUCGGUAUACAUCUCUGCAAACUGUGGCUCACCUGCGACGUGUUGUGCUGCACCGCGAGCAUUCUGAAUCUCUGCGCGAUAGCGUUGGACCGGUAUUGGGCUAUCACGGAUCCGAUAAACUAUGCGCAAAAACGCACCCUGAAGAGAGUUCUAGCGACGAUAGCUGGGGUCUGGGUCCUCUCGGGGGCGAUCAGCUCGCCGCCGUUGGCGGGUUGGAACGACUGGCCGGAGGAACUCGAGCCGGGAACGCCUUGUCAGCUAACCAGAAGGCAGGGUUACGUGAUUUACUCGUCGCUCGGUUCGUUCUUUAUACCUCUGCUGCUGAUGAGCCUAGUUUACCUCGAGAUUUUUCUGGCGACGAGAAGGAGACUCCGAGAGAGGGCCAGGCAGAGCAGAUUGGGCGCUGUCCAGUCCACCAGGCAUCGCGAGGUCGACGACGCGGAGGAAUCCGUCAGCUCGGAGACGAAUCAUAACGAGAGAUCGACGCCCCGUGUUCACGCGAAGCCUUCGUUGAUCGACGACGAGCCGACGGAAGUGACGAUAGGUGGAGGAGGAAACGCGACCACGUCCUCGAGACGGAUGGCCGCCGGCGCUAGCGCUCCUGCCACGACCACCACCGUCUAUCAGUUCAUCGAGGAAAGACAGAGGAUCUCCCUGUCGAAGGAGAGACGAGCCGCGAGAACGCUUGGCGUCAUCAUGGGCGUAUUCGUCGUCUGCUGGCUCCCGUUCUUCCUCAUGUACGUCAUCGUGCCGUUCUGUCCAGCUUGCUGUCCCUCCGAUCGAAUGGUCUACUUCAUCACGUGGCUCGGUUACGUCAACAGCGCCCUGAAUCCACUCAUCUACACGAUCUUCAAUCUCGAUUACAGGAGAGCCUUCAGAAGGCUGCUGCGUAUUCGCUGAACAGGCCCGACGGGCGUUUUGUUUAGAAACUGUGGGAAACGCCGGUUCCCGUUCUCGUUGCUGUUUUGUUCGUGCCGGCGCGGCGAUUCCGACCACGGUAACCGUCUCGAUCCGGUCGCGAUCGGUCGACGAACGCGAUCGCGAGUUUGGUUGACUUCCGAGAACGAAGAACUCGCCCGGAUGAUCUCUGUAUACCGGAUACGGUACAAUUGGAAACGUAGAAAGCUUCCGCGACGAUGCGAAAGUUGCACUCUUCGAGAAUGAACCGCGUACCAUUCGCAUCGUCGCAGAGGCUAGAGGCCUACGUAGCAUCGAGCGCACAGAUAUCAGCGGGGACUAGUCGAUCCACGGUCCCACGAGGCCAGUUCCUUUUCGACUCGAGAAACCAUCGAGGCGACCUUCGAUCGCGCGGACGUCCGUCGACGAAAUUACGAGGAAACGACAUCCCGGAAAUUUCAAUGGAACGAGUUGUGCGUCGACGCGUAUUUUCUCGGAAACUACGAGGGAAUUGGACAACCCGCGUCGAGAGGGAACUAAACCGAAGAGAUUCGACGAGCGUGUCACGCGUGUAGACUUCCGAUGAAUUUUAAUGACGCGAUCCUCGGGUUCGUUUCUUCGGUAGCAACGAUAACGAGAAAAAACUAGGUACGAAUUCGCGUCGCGUUAAAGAUCAACCCUUUACGGUCAGCGAGCACCGUACAGAGAUACAGGUAGUGGUAGUUACAAUCUCCGCGUACCUCAAAAAAAAAAAAAAAAAGCGCAGAGCUGCCUGCUACAUCACGGGAACACGACGGGAGCGAUCACGACGAAACAUGGAGCGUUCGUUACCACGCAAAAUUAUUCUUGAGAUGGGAUGUUGCAAAGCUCGCGGUAUACGCUCGCGCGUAUAUCGAAUUAUCGAUCCAAUUCGAUCCGUCUUUGAUACUCUUCCAGGACGAAUAGAAAUUUCAUUAAUCUCCGAGGCAUCAAAUAAAACAAGAAACCCGGCGCAUCGCGAAACGCUGAAAUAAUCUCUGCAUUCGAACCGAGUUCCGAACAAGUUGCAGUCUCCAUAAACACGCUACUUUACGUUUGUAUCCGAUUAAGGCAACAACGUCGCGAUCCAGAGAUCGCCAACUUACGGAAGACGCUCCUUAUGUGUCCCAUACGGUGUCGGCUGACCGCAAACGGUUAACUGCUGAAACAGUGUGCGCGAUAGUCCAAUUUCGCAGUAGCAGUCACCGGGUGUAGACCGUCGUGGGUCGUUUCAUUAAAGUUGCUCCAUUAAUCCUCCGAAGUGACCGGAGGAAACAAGCACGCGGAUAGGGGAUCUCAAGGAAAUGAAGUCACAGGCUGGAUCGUCCAGCAGCCACUGGGUCGUUCUGUUUUCUCCGCUGAUCUUACCUCGGCAAUCUUACAUGUUGUUUCGCUCCGGUUAAGCGACGUAAGCGCAAACGCUGACCGAUGGAUUCGAUCGGCGGACGGUCGUUCGAGUGCGCGCCAUCGAGGAACGAUGGAUCUCGAUUCUGCGCGUUCGAUGGACGCGAUUGAAUCAUCGUACGGCAUGGAAACUCGAGCAUGGUAUCGAGUCGAUCGUUCCAUUUUCCAAGAAACCCCGUGAAAUAACGGUCAUGCGAGAAAAGCUAUUCAACGCGACGGAAAUAUACGCUAUCGAAUUUUUCAACGUUCCUCCCAUUGAAUGUCGGUAUUUCGUUAUCUCUUGGAACAGCAAAGGUCGCAAAUAUAAAUACGAUAGUUCUUCAGAUUCGGUGGGAGAAAAGUUUCGUUCGAACGUGUAUCCAAGAAUUGUAAAAGAAACGGUCGAGGAUCGCGCGAGUCGUGGAACGAUCGAAAAACGAAACGUUUCACGGAGGAAAACGCGAGACGCCAAAGAUUCUUUUCGCAGCGUCUCGGUAUAAACAGAGCACGUCACGUUUACGGAUAGGAAUUUUCUACGAAAUCGACCAAGACUCCAGUUAAGACGUUCAGAAGGUAGACUUACGUAUCCUAGAUAUGCGCACGUAUUGUAUCGUACCUAGCUAAGUUCGUGCCAUAGGUGGAUACACACGUUCGACAUUCUCUCUCGUCUUUUAAUGGCAGAAAAUGAGCGGGGAUUUAUUCGCGGAACAAUGGGGAUGGUUACCCUCCUCCCGAUAGCCGAUGAUCGUUCCCUCGAGUAGCCCUUGUGAAAGAACGUUUUAUUUGAAGUCGACUACUUGCUUCCUUGACGCUCGACCUUCGUUUCUUCGAAGAAUCGUAUGGUCGGAGUGCCGCUGAAAUGUCACGAUCCACGGUCGCGGACAGAAAAUUGAAAGACCCGCUACGUAAUCGAGUCAAGGUUGCUUCUUUGACGAGUCCGACGCUGUUCAGAAUUCCAUUUGCGCAUAGGAAAGUAUCGGGCGCGUGAAUCCUUCGUAAUUUCGUUCUCUAUUUUUCGAGCUUAGUCUUCGAGGAUCGAACUGGCUCGAAGCGGAAUUAUUUCCCGUGUAACGCGGGGACGUGCGUACCCUGCUUUGCUCUAAUUACGCGCAAAACGGCAACGUUAAUUGUCGUCGAUUUCAGCGUCGAGAAGUAGUCAAUUUCAAAGAGCUUGCGAGGAAUUUUCUCGAGAGAGAACGUUGAUCCCCUCUCGAGGAGCGAAAGGUAGCGUUCAAUUUUUCUUAGCAACGAUAACGAGCGAGGUUUCGCGUAUCUUAAACCCGCGGUAGGCGUAUCUACCCAUUCAUUAUCAAUCGCAAGUAUUAUGGUUGUGAAUAUUAAUAACAAAGAAAUCCAAAGCGCUAAAGAAAGCACUGUAAACAGAAAAAAAAAAAACGUCGUUCGUCGUUGACGAGGACGUUGACGUCUCGGCGACGAGUGCGCGUGCACACACAUACAUACGAGCGCUGUGCGACGCAUACGCGAAAACACACACACACACACACGUACAAAUAUAUAUAAACACCGAUAAACGAAAACGAAAGAAGGACGAUGCGGUGGUUUGCAUGUACUCUGUAUAAAAUUAUAUUUAAGUCGCCUCCAGUCUUCUUUCCAUUGACACGCAGCUAUACCGACACGUGCACACGAAUCGCGCACUGGACGGAUGUAUUCCACGCGAACGGAAUACAAAGUUCGCUUCUCUGCGCUUCGAGCUAUGCAUCGCCGUUGAGAAGAAAUCGCGACGUUUUUAUUCCCCAGUUUAAAGAAAUGUCUUUUCAAUUUGUACGAAUACCCGAUUAAAACGGGCUCGCCGCUCGUGUCAAUUUGUUAACGGAACACCGGGGGCGAUGCGAUACGUCUGACGGAACGCGUACUCGAUCAUCGAUGCGCUCGUUUAUUUCUUUAUCGAUGCACGAUUGAAGCGCACGGAGUCGAAUUAAACGAGUCGUUACCGAUUAACGAGGGAACAGGUGAUACGUUUGCCGUCCCCUCGAGUGCCGCGCCAAAUCGAAUAAAAGCAAGGGAAAGCAACCGGAUAAAAAAAAGAACGAAAAAGAAAAAAAAAAGAAGAGAAACGGUAAAAGAAAAACGAGAGGGCAUUCAUGGAAAGCGUCGUGCGUGGUAACGCGUACGCGGAGAUCGUGUUUGGAAAAGAUGAUAUUUAAAACUCGACCUCGUCACCAGGGCACUCUAUAAUAAGGUUGUGAUAAGGUUGUGAGAACACGUUCGUAGCCGUGCUACGAACAACACAAGAUUUUUAAUUAUUAGGAUAGACAAAUGAACAUCACUUUAUUCGUGACACUGUCCAAAACCUCGGCACGAAUUCCUAUCCAAGAGGGAAUUAAACGCGACGCUUGAAUAGUUUCAAUUGGACGUUGAAGCGGACCUCCGGGGACCCCGCGUUUCUUUCAAUCCCUUACAAAAAUUUCCACCCCGUUCGGCUCCCGUCUUUCUCGUUCACCGAUUGUCGCGUCGACAAGGCUUCCGUCGUUCCAUUCCGUUCUCGUCUUUAAAAAGGGAAACUUUGUCCGUUCCUUUUACGACGGCAAACUGUGUUAAAGCGGCAGUGAAUAUUACCCGGGCUAGCUCGGAUUGAAGCCAGACUUUACGUUCGUCCGAAGUGCUCGUAAAACGAGACCGACGUCGCCUUCCUCCUCCUAAGCUCGCGAACGACGGGUCAGACCGUCCGAUUAGCGCGAUUUUACUUCGUUACGCGUUUUACGGUAAUUUUUAUCGCUUUCGUACUCUGAAAAGCGAAACGGACGUGAACUGUUUCGCGAUUAAAGCGAAGCGAUUAGUCACCGCUUGGAUAUCUGCCAAGUGAGUUUCGCGCGCAUUUCAAGAAUUUUUUGUUCCUCCCCGGACCUCGAAAAAGCACAGCUUCGAGCCAAGCCCUUUCGAAUGCUACCUAAUUUAACUACUUUAACGCAUUCGCGAAAUCGGCGAGACUGCGCGAGUAAUUGUCUGGAAACGAAAUUUUAGUCUCGUGGAAAUGUUCGCGUGUAUCGACCGAAAUAUAUAGGACCGAAAGGGUUAAUCGAAGCUCGACGAAUUUUGCGGUAUACUCGAAGAGUUCGCGAUCGCGUCGCGUUCCUCGCAUCCGGAAUGGACGUUGGAAUCAUUUUUCGGGACGACUUGUCCCGUCGCUCCUUUUUUCGUCGAGUAAUGUGCCAAAAAAUAAAGUUUCGCAGAGUUUUCGACAACACUCGUUCCAACGAAAAGCACGUUAUCCGGCGACCAGCCGAAUGAUCCGAGUACGGUUCGACCCGAAACGAAUUUUAUUUUCACGGAAGAACGCGUUCCACGGCUGCUUCCACCCACGAGCCUCGAGCAGGUUCGUUCACAAAAAAGUUUUUUUUUCGCGUGUGCACGACAGCACGGACGUACAACCCGAGAAAUUAGAGUAAUUACGUUGCACGGAGCAAUUAAGAAGUUUUCAAAAGACGCGUUCUCGUAUCAACCGGCCCGUUUCCGCUCGCUUCCAUCCGGUGUCUUGGCAGUUCAUAGUGGUACGUCUUUCUUCCUAUUAAUUCCGCUUGCGAUAUUUUCCCUCGUACCGGCACACGGUAGCUCGAAUUAACAUCAAACCCUCGAGCGCUAUGUCCGUCGAUCUCUUCGAUCUUGAACAUCUUCCAUGAUACACCCGAAAAUUCUAUCGUCGAAUCAAAAUUAAUCCGCACCACAGGCGAUUCCUCUUUCCUCCUCUAACUUCAUCUCGUUUCCCAGAUACGUGACGCGAGUCUCGAAACAUCCUGGACCAACGUUGAAGUACUCACGAGUCACUCCAUGUUCGCGUCUUGUAAUAACCAUUGUUACCAGUGGUCUUCUUUACGUACAAAACGUAGUUCCUUGGGUUCACGUCGGUUCGUUUGAGCAUCAAGGAAACCGGAAUAAUAUCCUUACUCGGCAUCGCCUUGCAUAUAUUAACGCGGCACGGUUAAUUAUAUCAAAACACCGCGUUCGUCUCGAAACAACGAGGUCGAGCUUCAACGUUCCCGCCACUCUCGAAGUUAACCGGUUUACUCUUGGAUAGGAAGUUCGGAAGUGCGUAGAUAUAUUAUUGUACUACGUUAUAUAUAACAUUAAACACUACAUCACUUAUACAUUCGUAUCAGCAGGUUGAUUUUGCGAGAAACAUUUCGCGGAUCGAAGCGCAGAAAUUUUCAAACUUUUCUAUAUCUCGUCUGUCCACCCCUCGUUUUAACGACGUUACGCCUCGUAAUCUUGAUCGUUGUAAAAUAUUUUUCUUGAAUUAUUUUUGCGAAUCGAUUCGUGAAUUCGCGCGACGAUCUCAUAUAAAUUAUUACGUGAUUGGGCCUGGUCGCCCGAUCGAGAGAAACACUACGCUAGAUACGUAUAACGUAUACAUAAAUAAAUAAAUAAAAAAUAAUAUACAUAUAUAUAUGUAUAUGUAUUAUAUGUAUUAUAUGUAUACAUAUAUAUGUAUAUAUACACAUCUAGUUAUUAAACUAAUACUCCAUUGGUUGUGAUUUACAAGUACAGCAAUACAGGGGCUCGAGUCUUGCGACUUAAAUCGCGCACGGAGCAUCCCUCUCCAAUGAAUUUAUUAACGUAAUCAUUCUUCUCGCUGUAUGAAUUUUCGGGAACAUAUAACAUCGGGUUCAAUUUUGAAAAAUCUGAAGAAAAAAUCGUUUAAGUUCGGAGAUCGAUCGAGUCGCUUCUAUUGUUGGAGCAUCCCAAGAGUUUCGGCACACGUUAAGAAUUGUAAACGUCGUAAAGAAAAUAUUUUUAAGCGCUUCCGUUUGUCUGUAGUUAUCGAAUUACAAUAAAAUUUCGGAAGAUGAAGGUUAAAGGGUAUGCUUUGUUUGUAAACUUGCCAACAAUUUUCCGACGAUGUUGCGAGACAUUUGCAUCGAUCUGCAUCCAAGUAUCGCUGAACAUCGCACGUCGAUGGUGUACAUUGAAUCACCGGAAUAAACAUAUUUUCAUUGGA